UCACUGAAAUUAUCUGCGAACUCCGAGAUCUUACCUUUGUUGUCGUCGUUUUCUUUGCUCUCAGAAAUCCGAGGAAAAAUGGUCAGAAAGUUCUUCGUCGGCGGAAACUGGAAAUGUAACGGAACAACCGAGGAGGUGAAGAAAAUCGUGACCUCGUUGAAUGAAGCUGAGGUUCCUUCGGGAGAUGUUGUCGAUGUUGUUGUGAGUCCACCUUUCGUGUUUCUUCAGCUGGUGAAGAGUUUGUUGCGGGACGAUUUCCAUGUUGCAGCUCAGAACUGUUGGGUUCGUAAGGGUGGUGCUUUUACUGGAGAAGUUAGUGCUGAGAUGCUUCUGAAUUUGGGAAUUCCAUGGGUGAUUAUCGGUCAUUCUGAAAGAAGACUUAUUUUGAACGAGUCCAACGAGUUUGUUGGAGAUAAAGUUGCAUAUGCCCUUUCUCAAGCCAUUAAUGUUAUUGCUUGUGUUGGAGAGACUCUUGAGCAACGAGAAUCAGGAUCAACAUUGGAUGUUGUCUCUGCACAAACUAGAGCAAUUGCAGAUAAAAUCUCCAAUUGGGACAAUGUUGUUUUGGCUUAUGAGCCAGUUUGGGCGAUUGGAACAGGGAAAGUUGCAACCCCUGCUCAGGCUCAGGAAGUCCAUUCUGAAUUGAGGAAAUGGUUUCACAAGAAUGUUAGUGCUGAAGUUGCUGGAUCAAUCAGGAUUAUAUAUGGAGGUUCUGUAAAUGGUGCAAACUGCAAAGAGUUGGCAGCACAACCCGACUUGGAUGGAUUUUUGGUUGGUGGAGCGUCGCUAAAGCCUGAGUUCGUGGACAUUAUCAAGUCUGCUACAGUGAAGAAAUCUGCGUGAAUUUCUUAAUGAGGCCAGAACAUCAAUGAUGGUUCUUCCGUUUUGUUAAACUUAUUUGAGGUUUAGAGAAGCCUUGUUUGGCUUCGGGAACUUGAAGCUCCUGUUUGGUAAUUGAUUUCUUUUCACGCUCUUGAAAAUAAGGGAUUUUGUUGUGGAUGCUGAGAAAUCAUGGAUGAUAAUCCACAAUUUGAAAACAGUUUUUUGAUUUAAAUACGAACAAGUGUCCAAAUCCUCGUUUUUUCCCCUCUCA